UGAUUGCAGUUUCCGAAUGCCUCUAUCUCGGGGAAGGUGUUCGUGUUUUUUCUCUGAAAUAAUAUAAAUUAAAAUUUACUAUUCAAAAUGACUGAAACUGAUGAGGUUGAACAUUACCGUUAUCAAAUUACUCUUGCUCGGUCUGAAAUUAAGAACCUCAGGCAGCAAAUAUCUGCAUUGAAGCAUGAACACCAGAAGGAAAUAAAACUCAUUAAAUCUAAUCUCAGCGCUCUUCGGUGUUCGAGCUGCACUGAUGCAGCAUCAAGAGUCUCAACAAAUGGCGAAAGUGAGCCGACAUCUCCAGAAGCACGGGACUUAAUCAUCUACAGCCCUAUCGGCUUCAUAGAAACAUCUUUCCAAAAUAAAAGAGCAGUGCCGAGGCAGCCCUCGGUACUUCAGAAGUCUACUGGUGCCGUUGUCAUUGACACUUCCGUGUUCAAUAAUCCAGAACAUGCUUUGGAUGGAUUGUCAGAGUUUUCACAUAUGUGGAUAAUAUUCCACUUCCACAACACGGAGAGCAACAACUCGCCGGCCAAGGUGGCUCCUCCACGGCUGCAGGGGGAGAGGAAGGGGGUGUUCUCUACGCGCUCGCCGCACCGCCCGUGCCGCAUCGGCCUGUCGCUCGUCAAGAUACAGAGCCUUGAAGGCAACCGCAUAAACUUCCUCGGCGUGGACAUGAUCAACGGCACCCCGGUGCUGGACAUCAAGCCGUACAUCCCGCAGUACGACUACCCGUCUCCCCUGAGCAGCCAGCUGUCCCAGACCCGGCCCCGGACCGAGGGCACCGGGGAUGUGUCAAGACUGCUCACAGGAGUCCAAAGCCCAACCAUGGACACUGGCAGCCCGAUCCGUUCGCCAUACGACGGAGAAAUCCCUUCACCACUAACACAGGACAGCAACCUCGCCACCCCAGUGUCGCCACCGCCGCAGUCGCCAUCUAGUGACGAAGUGGGGCGAGUCUACACCAACCCGAUACGGCGGUUCGAUAAUGAACGAGGCGCGCCGGACGGUCAAGAGCGAUUCACGCCACCGCAAAUGCCCUUCAUUCCAAGCCAAGACGGUAUAAGAGUAGCACCGUGGAUAGAAAACCCGCCGGCUCAAAGAUACCAAGUCCAGUUUACUGAUGAUGCAUUGGCUCGACUGAAUGAGUUGAUAGGCGAUAGGGCGCCAGCGUUCAAGUCGAAUAUUGAGACGUUGCUUUCUGAGGAUCCGAGGUCUAACUACGUAAGGAAUAGAUACCCGGACCAUGAGUAUAGUUGCGUUUUGGAAGACAUGUCGAUAAGUUGUGUGUUCAAUGCCGCUUCGUCUGUUUGUACUAUUGUAGCUGUGAGGAAUGCUGAAGAUAUGCAACAGCAGAAUUAAGUUAAGUUUGUUUUUUAUGGUUUAUGACUGCACGGUAAUAAUAAAUUUUAUUUAAACACC